AACAAGCCCGCUACAAGGCGUGGUAUUCUGUCUGUUGUUAGCUCAGUUUAUGAUCCACUUGAUUUUCUAGCACCCGCCUUACUGCCAGCAAAGCUUAUUCUAAGAGACUUAUGCAAAGAGAAAUUUGGGUGGAAUGAAGAAGUAGAAGUCAAACACAUUCAGAAAUGGAAAAAGUGGAUGGAGGAUUUGCAGUUACUUACAAACUAUAAAGUGAACAGAUGUUUCAAAUCUACUGGGUUUGGAACCAUAAAGACAGCACAAAUGCACCAUUUUGCAGAUUCUAGUGAAGAUGGAUAUGGCACUGUCACUUACCUUGUCUUAACCAAUGAAGAGGGCAAAAAGCAUUGUUCAUUCCUGAUGGGCAAGUCAAGAGUUGCACCAUUGAAACAAGUCACGAUUCCAAGAUUGGAGCUAACAGCAGCCGUUGUGGCAGAAAUGGACAAAAUGCUUAAAGGUGAGCUUCAAAUGCCCUUAGAAGAAUCUACAUUUUGGACUGACAGCACCACAGUGGUAAAAUACAUUUCAAAUGAACGCACUCAGUUCAAGACCUUUGUUGCCAACAGAAUCUCCGUGAUCAGAGAUCAUUCACAGCCUUCACAGUGGAGGUAUGUCACAUCAGCCCUUAACCCAGCUGAUCAAGCAUCCAGAGGGGUGGCUGUGCUUACACUUCAUGACUGGGUGAACAGCUCAGGAAUUCAGGAUAGCCUCAGAGGGCAUUCUCUUCUCUUCCACGUCAAGAGGAAGCAGUUGAGUUAUGAUCAGAAGCUGGAAACUGAAGGUGUGAUAAUGACUGUUGUCAGUGAAUAUGCCCAGCAAAUUGGAUGUUUGAUGGAUGAAAAGGAAGAUUUCUGGAGUCAGUUGGAUGAGGGUGUUACUAACAUUUUCAUGGCUGACAUCAAGUUCUGGCAUCUUUUGAAAUUUUGCAUGUUUCCUGGUGGUCUGACCCUGCAAUAUUCCUGGCUGGAGGAGGUUAAACCAAGAAGCAGUCUGUGUGAGAAGAAUUCCUGGGUGGAUGACAAGAGGUGUAUGCAGAACCUGAUGUACUACAUGCAGUAG